AAAAGUUGUUAAACCAAGUCUUAAUGCUUCGAAGCUUAUUUUUCGAUGAUAUUCCAUUAAAAUUGUGUAUAGAGUGGCCUUAAUUGUAAAAAUCAUAAAUUGAGUACCGAUUCAACAAAAUGGACAUCAAUGAAGUGAGCACCACAGAAGACCUAUGGACCCCGUACAAGGAGCUGGCGGCGGUGGUGGACAGUUACUUGAGCAGCGAUGGUGGCAGCGCGCCCUACGCCGUGCACACCUUCGAGGCGGUGCUCCGGCGGCAGGCGCAGGCUUUCCGGGCGCUGCCGCAUAACCCACCAAAGAACCCGACGAGCCGUGAGGAGAUCAAACGCGGCGUCACAGAAGGCGUGACGCUGCCCAGCCUCGGCAAGACCAUGCUCUCCAAGGAGCUGGUGGACGAGGCCAUCAUCAUAUCAGACAUGUUCAACGUGAACGAGUACCUGGCGCUGGAGCUGCUGCACACGGCGCAGCGGCAGGGCCCGCGGCACCCGGGGCUGGCGCGCGGGCUGCUGGCCGUGCUGCUCUACUACGACGGCCGCCGCGCGCUGCUGCAGGCGCUCAAGGACACGCUCACCGCCCGGGACGGAGUCUGCUGGUCGAUAAAUGCGCGCGAGGACAUAGUGAAAUACGUGACCCGCUACGUGGACCAGCUGAUCCGCGACGGACUGCUGGGCGGCGUGCUGGACUCGCUGCGCGGGUUCACGCUGGGCGGCCAGCUCGAGCUCUUGCAGCAACACAGGGCGCUACCUCCGCGCGAGCAUCACGCCAAGCUCGCGAGAUCUAUAGAAGGCACCAGAAAACUGCUCGCCGGAGUGGUGUUCGCCGCAUCGGCUCAGCGCGGGCUCGAACGAGAGACGCUACUGCGACUGAUCAACGAGCAAACCACGUCGCCGUCGCAAGGGCCGACGGGCGCGCUGGACGAGGUGUCGCUCGGCCUGCAGAUGGCGCUGCUGUACGCGCUGGACUUGUCUGUCCUACACCGCCGCGAAGACGGCGAGGAGCUGGCGAAGAAGCUGCCGCUCAUCCAGGACCCGGAGCUGAUCGGCAUCCUCGUGGACGAGCUGCUGCCCGCGCGCCCCGCCGCCAAGGAGCCCAAGACCAAAGCAGGGCUCGGCGCCCUGGCGCUGUGCCAGCUGUCGCUGGGGCUGGCGCUGGCCGCGCUGCGCCGCGCGCCGCAGUCGCUCUCCCUGUCGCGCGACCAGUCGCACCGGGACGAGGAGCUAGUCGACGCCGCCACCGACAACAAGGUGUUCGAGUACCUGGACGAGGCGAUACUGUCCACGGACCUGGUGAUGAAGGAGGAGUACUACCAGCGCAGGAUACACGUGCUACUCACGGACUUCAUCGUGCUGAUGCACUCCAAACUGGUCGAGAUGAGGGUCAAGGCCGACGAAGCAGCCCGCGCCAUCCAAGUGUACGUGGCGGAGGGGCUGACGCCGCCGCCCGGCGCCGGGCAGAGCCGCACUAGGCUGGACGCGCUGCUGCGUUGCGUGGAGCGGCUGUACGCGCGCGACCCGCUCGGGCUGCGCCACGAGUACUGGCAGGCCGAGCAGCACCCGCCCAGCAGGCAAGUGCCCAGCCCGGGCGGGCGCGCCACCAUCCUGUACAAGUUCGUCCGGCUGUCGGGCGAGCUGGUGUGCCCGGCGCUGCUGCCGGGCUACCUGCGCGCGCUGGCCUCGCUGGCCGUGCCGCGCCACACCUGGGCGCUGCUCUCGCGCCGCGACGCGCUCUCCGCACACCACCUGCUCUCCGCUCUCAGGCGGUACCACUGCCACUUGCGCACGGACCUGGCGCCGUUCUCGGAGACCAUGCACGCCGCGUCGCUGGGCGGCUCGGCCGUCGUCACGCCCGCCGCCCGACCCGGCAAGAUGCUCGUGAGGCAGGAAGAGGUGGAAGCAAUGAUAGCGGCCCUGAAGCUGAUAGCGGCCGUAGCUCGGGAGGACGCCGCCGCGAGCGCCGCCAUCUGCGAGACGCUGCAGUGGGACGCCACCAAUACCAUGUUCGGUCUGAUGUGCUGCCAGAUCCCCAUCCAGUUGAAAGCGGCCCUGUGCGACACGCUGAGCGCGCUGGGCAGCGCGGCCGGGCCCGCGGGCCGCGUGUGGGCAGCCCUGGAGGCUGCGCAGUUGGUUGGCGGCGGCCGCGGCCUGCAGGCGGACCUUAACGAGAUCGAGACCCGAAUGGAAGAAUACCCUUUAACCAUCGCGUUCCUGAAGCUCCUGAUAUCGCUGUGCUCGGCGGCGCCGCUGCCGCGCUCGCUGGGCGCGGGCACGCGCGUGCCCGGCCUGGAGCCCUACGUGGAGCACGUGACCCGCGUCGCGCUCGCCGCCCCGCACAGGCCUUACAAGAAGCCUUCACAACGACACCAGAUCCUGUCCCUGUGCUACAACCUGUUCACCAUUUGGCUGGAGCAGUACUCGCCGUCGCCGGGCGACUUCCCCCCGCCGGAGCGCGAACCGGACAGCGCGCCGCCGCCCGGCUUCCGCGUGCUGGCGCAGCUGCACGAGCAGACCGACCUGCUGCGGCUCACGCUCGCCACCCUCGACGAGGUGCCCGCCAUGCUCGACCAGCAGGAGCAAUACCUGGAAGAAUGCAUGAGUCACGUGUUGACGAUACUGGAGCGCGCGCUGUCCCUGGAGCGCGCCCUGGUGCGCAGCGCGACCGAGGCCGGCCGCUCCGUGCUCGUGCUGGGCCUGUCCAAACUGAUUCUGGAACCGGGCCCGAACGGCAGCGACCGGCUGACGCAGGUGUGCCUGGUGCUGGCGCACAGCGCGGCGCUGCCGACGUGCGCGGCGCGCGCCGCCGCGCUGCUGGCGCGCGCGCUGCUCGAGCCCGCCGCCGCGCGCCAUCUGCACGAGCACGCCAGCUACAGGGCGAGGGAGAUACGUCAUUGGUUCGUGGAGUGCCUGGACGCAGACGAGUGGCCGGGCGCGGCGGGCGCCGGCGUGCGCCGCGCCAAGGAGCUGGUGCUGGGCGUCCUGCAGCACACGCUGCCCAGCGCCGCGCCCAACCUGGCGCACCUGCUGCUCGGCUACCACAACCACGAAGACAUAUCGCGCAGCGCGCUCCACGAGCCGGGAGUGGCCGGCAGCCCGCGCACCUGCUUCCACUCCGUGCUCGACAUACUGGACGCUCACAUCGCCGGCCAGAACACCCACGAAAGGCAAGCAGACGACCUGAUCGAGAGCUGCUACAGGCUGGUGUACUGGGUGGUGGCGCGCGCCAACACGUCCGCGCCGGCGCUGCGGCUGCUGCGCGCCCGGGACCACUUCCUCUCGCGACACGUGCGCGCCACCACCAACCUCCAGACGGCGUGCGUAGCAACCCUGUCCUCCCGCUCGUGGGUGCUCCGCGCGUGCGCGAGCGAGGUGGGGUGCGCGUGCUGCGCGCGCCAGCACGCGGCCAUCAGCGCGCUGCUCCGCGCGCUCGCCGCCACCAACCGCCCGCAGGAAUGGGAAGGCGAAGGCUGUUUACUACGGAGGUGCCUGAGCGCCCUCCCGGUGUCCGCGCCGCCCCCGCCGGAACCGCAGUGGGAGCUGUUCAACCCCACGCUGCUGGCGCAGGCCAUAGCCAGCUGUGAUAUACCUGCAGGCCCAUCAUCGAAGCGCAUAUCGGUGUCGCGCGUGCACGCGCUGCUCGCGCGCGACCUGGCCGCGCUGCCCGUGUCGCAGCCGCAACGCGCGCUAGUCUCGGCCGAGAUACAGAAGGUCCUGGACUACGUGACGGAAGUGAACAAGCAGCGCAACCUGGCGGCCACGCUCACGCACUACUACGACUCGUGGCGGCAGCUCACCGAGAUCAUCUUCUGCGUGGUGCCCCAGGACCUGCUCACCCUCGACGCCAAGAAGAACCUCCUCAUCAGCAUCCUGCAGGACCUUCUCAACAAAAUACCCGACGCAGACCCGCCUGUCAUACCACAACUGGGAGUACUGGCCUCCGGAACUGUGCUCUUGCUCCUAGUCAAUCUAAGACACUGCUAUAUCUUGCAAAGGAAGGAGUCCAACAUGAAAUCCUCAGACUUCGACACUACGUUCUUCGGCUCGAGCCAGAUGCAGACCAAAUCUCUGCCCCUCAAGUUCAUCCUACACAAAAUCCUCUCCUGGAUCUUCGUGUCGGGCGACCAGUCUCAAAAACUCAGAGUGAACUUGUACGGGGCGCUGCUCAACUUCUUGAAUAUAGUGAACAUGAAGCAUCAAGACGAGGAGGACGGCCAGGACACGACGUACGUGAGCCGGCUGGACGCCUCGCGGGUGCGGCACAGCAAGGAGGAGUCCUCGCUGAAGACCAUGGUCAUCGAUGACAUUAAAUAUUAUGGCGUCAAUCUGUACAGUAUUAUAGGCGCGGACUGCGUGCGAGCCGGGCACGACGCGUGCCGCAUGGUGGCGCUGGCGUGCAUCGACUCGCUCAUCGACAUAGACCCGCGCACGGACUGGAUCGACGCGCUCAGCAACCAGGGCCUGCUGCGCGCGCUCAUCGACAGCCUGCUCUCCAUGGACGAGGGGCUUCGCGAGGCUGUGGAGCCCAACCCGAAGUCCCUCCGCGUGAUCUACCUGUACGAGUCGAAGAUGGCGCUGCUGUGCCGCGUGGCGGGCUCGGCGGCCGGCGCCGAGGCGCUGCUGGCGCACGGAGCCCUGCAAGCGCUGGCCGAGCUGACCGCGCUGCGCAGCCACCCCGACAUACACGCCCCCAGCGAACAACAGUUCGUGCCCGACCAGGCCGACAGAUAUCGUCAAAUCCUGAUCCCGGCCCUGGCGCUCUGCGACGCGUUGCUGACCACCCUGGGCAGCGAGAAUGAGAGCUGCGUGCAUCUGAUCAUGCAUCUCCUUUACACCAACGUGGAGUGCAUGGAUAUGGUUCUACGAGCCGCCCACCCCACCUCAGCCCCGGGCCUGCUGACCGAGGUGGAGUGGCUGACGUCGGUGCUGGCGCGCUGCUCCGCGUGCCCGGCCUUCGCCGCCGGCGAGCUGGCGGCCGAGCGCGUCGCGCGCACGCGCCCGCUGCUCGCCGCGCUGCUGCCGAGGUUCCAGCGGGCGCCUACUGCACCAGACCUGGACCUCACCACUUACUACCGGAUCGUGUGCAACAUCCUGACAUUCACCCGCAACACCGUGGAGUCGUGGUUCCUGAACGGCGAAGCCCCCGGCCCACUGCCGCCGUACACAGCGGUCCUAACGCUCCUGCAGGACUCCGUGUCGCACGCCCACCACAACAACAAGGCGCUCACUACCACCCUGCAUCGGUUAGACAUGCGGGCGUUGCUGCCCUCCGGGGACUGCGGCGAGUCGGGCGCGGCGCGCGCGCGCUCGCUGCGCCGGCAGGUGCAGCAGUGCGCGCACGCCGCCUGCCUCGCGCUGCACCUGCUCUGGAGGAUGGCGCAGUGCUCCAAGCACCGAGCUGACGCCCCCGCCCUGAACGGCACGUGGCAGACCGCGCCCGGCAUCGUCCCGGCAGAGCUGCGCAAGGAGCUGGCCGCCACCUUCAGCGAGCGGUUCACGCAGAGCCUACUCGACUGCGCGGAGACGCAGUCGACGCAGCGGUUCUUCCUGGACGUGAUCGUGAAGGACAUCAAGACCAUGAUGCAGUUCUAGCGAGCCUGCGCCCAAACACGAGGUUCGGCUUCAGUACCUCGCUAUAAAACACUAAACAGGCCGCGUAGCCAAGAUGCCAAUCGCUAACGCUCCGUAGCGAUCGAAACGCAACUGUCACUGUCACACUAAUGGGGAAGAGUGAUAGAGAUACAUAAUGCUUUUCGUUGUCGAAGCGAUAGCGAUUGUAACCUUGGCUAGGGGGCCAGAAACUUCUUACCCUUCGAGCAACACUGGCCGCCUCGUUGGGAGGGAGGAGCCCAAGCGAUAACUUUUGCCAUUUUUUGCGGGGAAACGUGCACACAGUCGCACUUGUCACUCACUACACACAAAAUACAAUCGGUAAUGACGACACAAAUACAUAGAAAAUGACACACGCCAAAGUCAAAUCUUGCACACUUCGAUCUCUUUUUGUGUACGGAUGAGUCACAACACGCACCGCCAUAGGUACUGUUGUACGUACGCUUCGGCAGAGGGGAACUAGUACAAAUGCCCUCUCUCUUCCCAGUGUUGCUCGAAGUUUGUAAGUACCUAAUUACAACUUAUUUUGUACUAUAAACAUGUGCAAAUAGCGAAAAGCUUUAAGAAAUGGAAAGUUUUUCAGAAUGAUAUCACAGGAAAAAAAGAAUACUUUCGCGUUUUGGGAAAUUUAUAAAAUAUGAUUUGUAGUUGUGUGCGUGUGUUCAACUCUGGUGCCGAUGCCUAUAAUAGGUUGUCGAUUGAACGGUAUGAAAUGUUGAACUUUUGUUUGGAAAUCGGUAUUAUAAUUCGUUUUCUUAGCAUUAGCAAAAUACUGUUGUUCAUGUACAUUCUUUUUGUUCCAUAAGUAGUAAUAAUUUUAAAAAUUGCACCUUUUUUAAAAGCGUUUUUCAAUAAAUAUAUGCGUCAAGAUCAUGAAAUCUUUUUUAAUGCUAAACAGACGAAGUAUGUAUAAUAAAAUAAGUGUUAUAUAUUUAACUGAGUAUCGUUUUACAAAAGCAUUGUGCGUAUGAUAGCUGCAUGUCAGUACAGCUGUUAUUUUACUAACGUGAAAAUUGUACCGAGAUGACAGCUCACACACGCAAUGUUUCAAUAAAAAAAUGAAAAUGUUGCGUGGUCCGUUCAGGGAUAUAUAUUAUUUAGGAUCUUUGAUAACAUCUUUUGAUUGAAUAACGGUUGUUUCACUAUCCACGAUGUGUACAUAUAUAAUAAUGGGUUAGUAUUCAAUAUGCUUCCUUUGUGCAAGGAUAGAUGACGCAUAAAAUACUAAACGAAUACUGAAGCUCUUGGCUGUUAUUUUAUACGUCAUAAUUUCAUUGAAGUUUGACGUUAAAAAUAACACUUGCACCUCGUGUGCUAUCAAAAUUGUUGCAGACUUAUCUUGGUCUAACUCUAUGCCUCUUCGAUAGACUUUUUUCGAUUUUUUUUUGUUAUUAGGAGAAAAUGUAAACGUAUUUUUGGAAGCUCCUAACUUUUAUACAAUUAAUUGUGUAAAAAAUAUUUGACGUACGAAAUUUGAAUCAUAUACCAGGAGGUUGAAAUUUAACUUGCAACAUUUGAAGCAGACACAUACCUAUACAAAUAAUAUACGCUGUGGAGUUAAAUAAAAUAGUAAAAACAAUUGUUAUGCAUGUUGUUUAUUGGUCACAUAAUAUAAGAAGGCCACUGAAACGAAUAAUUCAAUUCGGUUAAGGGCAAAUAAAAUUGAGAUACCAGUGACACAUUUAAAACAGAGGUGACAUUUUUACGCCUAAAAUACACACCGUUUGCCUCUUGUUAUGUUGCGAUCAUUGGCAUAUAUGACAGGCCUCACGGGCAAUAAGAAUGGGGCCAGUACAGCGCGGUGUCACGCACACGAAUUCGACCCAAUAGUGCCACUACGCGAUUGGUAGAUGAAUUGGAAUCACGCGCGCGAUUGUUCGCAACUAGUUGCGUUAGACUGUACGAUUGGCAUUCGUGAGUUUGGCGAUUCGUGAGUGACAUCACAUCGCUGAACUGGCACCAUUCUUAGUGCCCGUCCUUAGAUAUAUGUCAAUGGUUGCGAUAGCUGAACCUGUAAAUGGUGUUAAGCUUUGUGACUAACCCAGAAAAAUAACUCUGCAAGGACAGAGCGAGGUGUUUAUUGAUCGAAUAUGUAUGUGACGGCGACUGUACGCUUUUUUUCGAUAACUUCUUAAAUCUCAGGUUGUUUUAACUUAAAAGAGUCAAAGAAAUAAUGUCUGUAGGUUUCAUUAAAAUGUCUGACUGUUUACAAUCAAUAGUUCAAGAUAUUUAGCGAAGAAAAAAAAGAGUAAAUUGUCCUUAAAACUUUGUUCAGUGAGCGGCAAAAGCGGUUGAAACAACGCCCCAAAAGUAUCUGCCACCCUGCAACAGUUUACCAAAUAGAUAUACAUUUCCACAGUUCGCGCUAACCAGUAUGUUACAGUCAUUGACGUAUAUCUCAGGACGAGCCUUAUGGGCACUAAAAAUGGUACUAGUUCGGCGGUGUCACUCACGAAUUCGAGCUAACCGUACAGUCUAACGCAACUAAUUGCGACUAAUCGCGCGUGUGAUGCGAACUCAUCAACCGAUUGCGUUGUAGCGGUGUUACACCGCUGUACUUCCCUCAUUCAUACCCCAUUUUUUUGUCCGUAAGGCCAUUCCUGAGAUAUACGUCAAUAGUUACAGUUCAACUGCUCUACGUAUACAGACAUAUCUCUUUUUGUUAUGUUUUUAGAGUAUGGUACCUAGUAAUACUUUUGAGGCGUAGUCUGAUCCCCUACUUUUGGCGCUGACUGUUCCAUUAUACACUAGGGCAGGGGUUACCAAUCUUUUUCAGUCUGCGGCGCACUUGAAAGUUUAAAAUUUAAUCUCGGGCCCUAACCUAGCUAGGGUAUUCGAAAUAGAUAGGUAACACUGUGAGACAGAUUGCCUCACGGUGAUCCUUUUAGGGCGCCGUGGAGCUCAGUUUGGGAACCUCUGCACUAGGGGCACUAUUUUAGUUACAGUGUCUAAAACUUAAAGUUCGAUAAUUGUUUAAUAUUGAAAAAAUGAAAUAAUACAUUGGAUUGUCAUUGUAAUGUUAAGUUUUUGAUUGUGAAUAAUCUCCGUGACGAUUAUGAAGUGAAAAAUAUUGAAUAAAGUUUCAUUAUUUUUUU